CUACCCCUCCCCCCUUCCCCGUGCUGAGUACAGAAGUCUUCCGGAGGAAGGAGGGAGGACCCCCCACCUUUGCUCUCCCAGCAUGCAUUGUGUAAUCGCCAUAGCCCUGAGCAGGUCGAAGGGGUGGGUUUCUCGCUUGCGACUCUCUGCAGUUAUCUUCACUUAGUACAGCUCCCAGUUGGUGUUCUUUUGUGCCAUGUCUGAUAACAAUAAGCCAGACAAGGCUCACAAUGGCUCAGGUGGUGAAGGUGAUGGAAAUAGGUCCAAUUUAUUCGACCGGCACUCCCUGGAAGAAGUUAUGCCUUAUCUGGAGUGGCUUAUCUUAAUUGUCGCCACGACAGGUUUUCUGGCGUUCCAGUUAAUCGUAGAUGCCAUUUAUGAGGAGCAGUAUGAAAGGGAUGUGGCCUGGAUUGCCAGGCAAAGCAAGUGCAGGUCCCCUCUCGAUGAGGAUGAAGACGAUGAAGAUGGCGACGACGAUGACUUCUAUGACGAUGAUGAUGAUGAGGAAUUGGAGAACCUAAUGGAUGAUGAAUCAGAAGAUGAGAUGGGCAUGGAAAUGAGUGCUGGAGCUACCUGCGUCUUUGACUUAGGUACCUGUACAGUGCACUCUAAGGCAACCAUGUGCUGUGGGUGUGAAAAUGCUGAUGAAGAGGUUGCAAUGGAGGAAGAGGAGGAGGAGGAGGAAGAAGAUGAUGACGAUGAUGAUGACGAUGAAAUUGAAAACCUGGAUGGAGAUCCUAAAAAUAAUCUGGACUUUGCAGAUGGCCCCUAAUCUUAGGGAUGCAGUUGCAAAGCCCAGAAGAAAGAAAUGGAUGGAGGAAGAAGAAGUGGUUUUUUUUUCCAUUCAUUGUCUAAUUUUUAGUAGUCCAUAAAAUUAAUUUUGUUCUAAAGUUCAUUAUACACAGAUAUCACCAACAGACAUCUGACUACAUGAUGAACUUUUAUAUAGAUACAUAGGAUUACUUUUGUUCAUGUUAAAAAUAAAAGUUUGACUUGCAUACACUA